GUUAAGGAGCUGGUCCUGGAGGUUGAGGAGGUCAUCGUGCCCCUGUUGCCCAGCCCCACUGACGACAGACCCCUCUCCCCACUAUUCCAGCGCUCUGUGUCAGAGGACUCAGCAGGAUCCUCUGCCUCGGCCCUGGAGCACGCCAAAAUCCGGUAAGGAGGGGCAGUGUGGUUGGAGUAGAGGGGGUACAAAGUGAUAUAGAGGUGUCUGUGUGCGAGAUGGACAGAAUAAGGCAGAGAAGGACAUGGUGGCAGGGUAGAAAAAGGGAAAAUUUAGAUUCCAAUAAGAGAAGCAGAGAGAGUAAGACUGAAAUUCUAGCCAUUCUCAGAGAGUGAGUGACGGAGAGGGUCACACUACAGAGAAGGAGAGACCAUCAAAUAGAAGCCAUUAGUGAGCGAAAAUGACUGUUUCAGACAUGCUGAGUCACAGCUGUGUGUGUGUGAGAGAGAGGGCGGAGGUGAGUGAGCUGUGUGUGUGGUUAACAGUGGCUGGGUUGCAAGGCGUGUGUGUGUGUGUGCACCCUAUAAAACAAGUAUGAGUGGAGAGGGAGGAAAUGUGUGUGUUGAGAGGGGGGGGGGGGGGACAGACAAGCAAAGAAAAGAGAGGAUAUUUUUCAGGGAGAGGUGGGGAGGGAGGAGGAUGUGUGUGCUUGCUCGCUCGAGUGAGCCACCGCGGUGAGGAGGGAGGACGUGGAAGGGGGAGGCGUGCAGGGAAGGUAAGUGAGGGAGGUAGAGAGGCGGGCAGGGGGAGGGGAACAAGCAGCAAAAAUAAUUGAGCGCCGGGGAUUGUGGGUAGCAGAGAAAAGCAGGCUGGGUAAAGAGGUCUCAGGGCCCUCGGCGGUAACCUGGCAGCUUGCAGACUGCAGGGCUGUUACUGUAAUUAUUAAAGGGAGGGGGGGAGAGAGGGGGAAAAGGGGUGGGCUUUUUCUUUCUAGUCCCAAUUAGCAGAGAUUGUGCUCCCGCUAAUAUACAGCACAGAGGCCCCGGCAACAUGUGGAGGGAGGCAGGAAGUCAUGCAUACUUUUAGUUGCUGAUGACAAAAAGGCUCUGGAUGUGUUUGGACCUGAGCACUUCAGAUGGAAAAAAUAUAAAUAAUAAUAUAUAAAAUACCAUGAAACUGCAUGGUGGUGAUGAAAAUAAAUGAAUAGGUGAUUGUAAAGACAUGGUGAUGGGGAGGAGGAGGAUGAUGAUGGUGGUGGUGAUUAUGAUGAAGACUGAAUUCUACACUGUUAAACAGUUAACCUACACUGAACAAAAAUAUAAACGCAACAUGUAAAGUGUUGGUCCCAUGUUUCAUGAGCUGAAAUAAACGAUCCCAGAAAUGUUCCAUAUGCACAAAAAGCUUAUUUCUCGAAAAUGUUGUGCACAAAUUUGUUUACAUCCCUGUUAGUGAGCAUUUCUCCUUUGACAAAAUAAUCCAUCCCCCUGACAGUUGUGGCAUAUCAAGAAGCUGAUUAAACAGCAUGAUUAUUACACAGGUGAACCUUGUGCUGAGGACAAUAAAAGGCCACUCUAAAAUGUGCAGUUUUGUCACACAAUACAAUGCCACAGAUGUCUCAAGUUUUAAGGGAGUGUGCAAUUGGCAUGCUGACUGCAGGAAUGUCCACUAGGGCUGUUGCCAGAGAAUUGAAUGGUCAUUUCUCUACCAUAAGCAAUCUCCCAACGUUGUUUUAGAGAAUUUGGCAGUACGUCCAACCGGCCUCACAACUGCAGACCACGUUUAACCACUCCAGCCCAGGACCUCCACAUCCGGCUUCUUCACCUGCGGGAUCGUCUGAGACCAGCCACCCAGACAGCUGAUUAAACUGAGGAGUAUUUCUGUCUGUAAUAAAGCGCUUUUGUGGGGAAAAGCGUAUUCUGAUUGGCUGGGCCUGGCUCCCCAGUGGGUGGGCCUAUGCCCUCUCAGGCCAACCCAUGACUGCGCCCCUGCACAGUCAUGUGAAAUCCAUAGAUUUGGCUAUUAUUUAUUUAUUUAUUUAUUUAUUUAUUUCAGUUGACUGAUUUCCUUAUAUGAGCUGCUGGAACUCAGUAAAAUCGUUGAAAUUGUUGCAUGUUGCGUUUAUUUUUGUUCAGUAUAAAUUAAAUCCAUCUGACUUUACCUUUUUAUUCUAAAUGCCUACGAGGGCCAUGUCUGUGUCUUUGUUGGUAUCUGAAUGUGUCUGAGUGUGUGUGUGUGUGUUCAGCGCUAUGCACACGCAGCCAAUCCCUUAAUACCCGACUCAAAAAUGUUGUUGUCGAUCAAUCGGUUAGACGGCUUGGUGGAUUCUGUUGGACGGCUUCUUGGAUUUGGAAAAAAAUGCAGCAUUCUCAGGGGACAUCAUUACCAACCUGGUUUUUCCAAAACAAAUAUCUGAUAAAUAUUUACUGCAUCUCUGUGAAUUCUUUUUUUGAUUCUUUUUUUAGUUGUAGCUGUCAGCAUUUACCUCAUGUUGGCAGUAUGUUAGUGUAUCAGGUUGAAAGCAUAAUGGCUUCUCAGGUCUCUGUGUGGAUGUUGUCAAACAAUACUGUAUUUUAUUGGUGUUUUGAACCACUGUUGGUAUGUAGAUAGAGCUUGAUUUUAGCACAGUGUUUCUCAACCAUUAGGUCUGUUUAGGUGGGAUGGCCCCCUGAGUUCUCCACCCCAACCCAUAAAGAAUAAUUGUUGUCAAUUUUCUUCAGUUUUUUAAAUAAUGAGCACUACUUUAUUUUUAAUUUUUUUAUUAACCCCCCCCCCCCCCCCCACCCCCCUUUUGGAGGACACAUCUUUUUUUGUUUUUUAACAGCUUUUUUGCUACAUAUACAUACGUUUUACAUACACAUUUGACGUACAUGGUACCUUUACAUACAGCGCACUUCCUGUUUCCUAACCCCUGUUUCUCCCAUGUUUCCCCAGUGAAAAGCUGUGUGCUUUCUGCUACUGUGGGGAGAAGAGUUUCCUGGGCCAGGGCGACCUGAUGGUGUUUGGCCCCACACCCGGCUACGUGCCGCUGCACAUCCGCAACCGCCGCGGAAGCUCUGAGAAAGACGACGACUACCACGAAGACGACUUUCAAGACGACGACCAUGACACCAAGAGCCCGGGGCAGCGUGACAGCGGGAGGGGACUUAAAAAG